AUGAAGGCCGUACCUUCACUGCAGGCACUACGCUUCUUGCAGCAUCUUGCGCACGGUCGAAGUCCGGCUACGCGACCGCGAGCAUAUCCCCCCUUCCUUCGCUUGACUAGGCAUCUCCAUGCCACAACCAGGUUGGACAGAACAGAAACACAUACACUGUCAGAUAUUGGUGAGGGAGUGAAAGAGGUGCAGAUCAUCCAGUGGUUUGUGGAAGAGGGAGCUCCAAUCGAGGAAUGGAGUCCUCUCUGCGAAGUCCAAAGCGACAAGGCCUCGGUCGAGAUCACCUCCAAGUAUAGCGGCAUCAUCAAGAAGAUCCACUUCCCUCAGGACGCUGUAGUACAAGUCGGCGAUGGCAUGGUAGACAUUGAGGUGGAAGGCGAUCCACAACCACAAGAGUCGGCUGAUCAACAAGCACAGCAGGAUCCAGGCGGCACUGCUGAUGAAGAACAAGUACUUGAAGGCGGUAGGGGCGUUGCGCCGGAGGAGCCAAUGCCGCCGCCUGAAGAGCCGAAGAUACCAAGCAAGCACGCCUCUCUUGCUACUCCCGCAGUUAGAGGUUUGCUGAAGGAGCACGGUAUUGCGAUCGAAGACAUCUCAGGAACUGGCAAGGAGGGCCGAGUGCUGAAGGAAGACGUCUAUAAGUAUCUCGAGCAGGGCCAUGCGCAAACGUCAAGAACAGAAGCAGCAUCCUCUAAACCAGGUAUCGACGCAAAACAAACAGAAACAGCGCAAAGGUUGACACCGGUUCAAUCUGCCAUGUUCAAGAGCAUGACGGGAUCAUUGUCAAUACCACACUUCCUCUACUCCGACACGAUCGACAUUACCAGUCUUGCUGCCAUAAGGACACGGCUAAAUACCGCCAGGAAUCCUGAGACCACGCCCAAAUUCUCAUACCUGCCAUUCAUUGUGAAAGCCGUCUCCCUGGCUUUGAACAAGCAUCCUCUCCUCAACGCUCGACUGGAUUUGGCUACCGACCCGAAGAAGCCGCAGCUGAUGAUGCGCUCUGUACACAACAUUGGCAUAGCCAUGGACACGCCAAAUGGGCUAAUCGUGCCUGUUGUCAAGGCUGUCAAUGCUCGGUCAAUUACCUCCAUAGCCCAAGAGGUACAACGCCUGGCACAGCUCGGGCAAGCGGGCAAGCUAAGCAACAGCGACUUAACUGGCGGUACGAUCACUGUCAGCAACAUCGGGAACAUCGGCGGCGAGGUUGUCGCACCAGUCAUUGUGGAAGGCCAGUUGGCAAUCAUGGGUAUAGGCAAAAUCAAGACCGUCCCUGUCUUUGCUGAAGACGGCGUGACUGUCCGUCCUGCGCAGAUCGUCAAUCUCAGCUGGAGCGCUGACCAUCGAGUCGUCGACGGAGCUACCAUGGCAAGGAUGGCGCAGGUUGUGCAAAAGUACCUCGAAGAGCCGGGCACCAUGAUCGUCGACAUGAGCUAA